AUGGCGGGCCCGUGCGAGCUCUCAGUGCAAGACCUCAACGAUCUGCUCUCGGACGGCAGUGGCUGCUACAGCCUCCCGAGCCAGCCCUGCAACGAGGUCACCCCGAGGAUCUACGUGGGCAACGCAUCGGUGGCUCAAGACAUCCCUAAAUUGCAGAAACUUGGCAUCACCCAUGUCCUGAAUGCUGCUGAAGGCAGGUCCUUCAUGCACGUCAACACCAGUGCCAACUUCUACAAGGACUCUGGCAUCACCUACCUGGGCAUCAAGGCCAACGACACCCAGGAGUUCAACCUCAGCGCCUUCUUUGAAAAGGCUGCAGAUUUCAUUGACCAGGCCCUGGCUCAAAAGAACGGCCGGGUGCUUGUCCACUGCCGUGAAGGUUACAGCCGCUCUCCGACUCUCGUCAUCGCAUACCUCAUGAUGCGUCAGAAGAUGGAUGUCAAGUCCGCCCUCAGCAUUGUGAGACAGAACCGUGAGAUUGGCCCCAAUGAUGGUUUCCUGGCCCAACUCUGCCAUCUCAAUGACAGACUAGUCAAAGAGGGGAAGUUGUAA